AUGAAAUGGCUUGUGCUCUAAGAUUAUUUGAGGUUAAAUCACGUUGUAACUUAACAGAUGAUGCCUUUUGGCAAACUAUGCUAGCAGUUAAUAAUGGUAAUAUAAGCCAAUUUCGAAUCAAAAAGAAGCUAAAAUUUAUAAAACAUAUUCAAUGUGAAUAUUGUGGAACACCAAGAUAUCAAAAUGCAACAUCAAAUAUACGUCUUGUUUCUCGACGUCAAAUGGCUUAUUUUUCAAUAAAAACCCGACUAAAAAUUCAAUAUCAAGACCCAAUACGCUCCCAGGAAUUGAGCUAUCGUGCUAACUAUACUUGUCGUCAAGGUUUUGGUUUAAAUGAUAAUAUUGGGGAUAUAUUUGAUGGUACAAGAUAUCAAGAACUUUUAUCUAGCAAUCUUUUUCAAGAUGAACGAGAU